AUGUCUGGCGUAUGCCCUUCCGACUCUCCUUACAGCCAGCCGUUCUUCCAGCAAUCGCCGCAUAGUCAAGGCUUCCAUCUCAGUGAAGAGGAGCUAUCCGCACAGAAGGCAUUCAUGGACAACUACGGUCUUGUCCAAACGACUGGUGUGACUACACUUGCCGCCCAAGUCAAUAACAACUCGGAGAUAAUGCAGCAAGACCAGCUUAACAACAGCACACAGGUUUGCAAGCCUGACAUCAAUAAUCAGGCGGAUGCGAUGAUCCCGGCGCAAAGCAUACAUGGCCCAGUGGUAUCUUACGGGGACAACAACAUGAAAACCACUAUAACGGGGCCGUUUGAAUUCGAUGGGAUGCAAAGUCAUCACCAAAUACCGAGUGGCGACGCAGGCAGCAUGAAUGCUGGCUAUGGAGCGCCUUUCGAGUUGAUUGGUUACGGGCUCCAACAUCAAGCUACAGCUGCCUUCCCAGCGAGCCAGUAUCCGGGACCAGGCUCUGCGGUAUUCAACGAUGGCUCGCAGUACUCUGAGCAUACCUACUACAAUACACAGCAGAUCCAUGGUGGUAUGACGGGAGAAAUGACAGUUGCCCCAUACCAGAACUUUCAUCAAGCUACAGAUAUUGUCGACUAUGGUGUCCCUUCAGGUAUGGAGGCAACACGAUUUCAGGUCAAUAAUCAAGCCAUCCAUACUCCCGAAGGUGCCUUCAUCGCUCCUAAGCCCGAGCCGAAAAACGAAUGCGAUGUAGCAGAGCUUGUCGCCAUGGCCCGGGAGUACGCCAAACAAGAACCGGGGCAGGUAGAUGCACAAUCAAAUGACAAUGUACUCAGUGGUUGUGUUGACAGUCCCAAUACACCAGCCAGCUCAAAGGCGUCUACCAAGCCGAAGAAGGCACGCAAGACAAGAUCCUCUACGAGGCAGAAGGGCACGAGAGUGCCCACGGCUAUGCAAUGCGCUCCAAUAUCAAUCGCUCGCGACCGCAACGGCAAGAAGCGCGUCGAGAUUGGACCGACUCUGGCAGGCGACGGCCUCCCACAGAUCAAGGUACACCCUGGCUCGGACGAUGACGACAAGACGAACCCUCUGUCGCUGGCUGAAGCAGUGGCAAGACCAAGGGACGAGCAAUUGACGCUGCCCCGGCCGGGCGUACCGCUGGCUGGGCCCCGGGUCAAGGUACCAUACCUGACCAUUGAUGACACGAUGAGCCGGGAAGAGCAGCUGCGCCGCGCCGCGCAUAACCAGCAGAUUUCAGAGGUGGACAGAGCAGAUCGCCGUGCUCGAAACAAUGAGUCUGCUCGCAGGAAUCGAGAGCGUACCAAGCAGGCCAUCGUCGAUGCCCAAGCCAAGGUGGAAGAGGGCCAGGCCAAAAUCAAGGAGCUCGAGGAGAAACUCGUGGCCCGCGAUCAGGAGAUUAAGGAGCUGAAGAAGCAUAUGGGAAAGAAGUAA